AUGGCCACAACGAGCACACUAUGGUAUCUCAAAAACCUCCCUCUCUAUAGGGACGUUAAGCCUUAUGUCGUGAACAUUCCUUUGUCUCAUAUCCCGAGUGGUCAACGGACAAAUCAAGAGUGUUAUCCGCAGUCAAAUAUCAAAUUUAAUAACAUUCGUCUAUCGAAGAGCACAUUCAACCUGGAUGCACAUGGCUUCGAGGUCUCUACUCAGAUCCCACUAUUUCUCAACUAUGAGGAGUUUAAUGAGGCCGACAAGGUUAGAGAUAUCUAUUGCCGGGGUACGCCGUCGUCACUCAAGCUUUCCCGCAAAGCCAAGAGGUAG